AUGUUCCAUUUCCGCAUAAGCAACACCGUAGUCGGUGCUCUCAACAUACUCUCUUUAGUCCUCGGCCUCGCCGCCAUCGCUUCCUCCGCCUACAUCCACAUCCGCGGCGGUUCCGACUGUCAAAAGGUGCUUCAGUACCCACUCCUAAUCGGCGGUAUAUUCGUCGUCAUCGUGUCCGGACUCGGAAUCGCAGGAUCUCUAUUCGGAAACAACACGGCACUCUACAGUUACCUUCUGGUGACAUUCUUGGUUGUGGUCGGACUUGCUUUCUUCACUGUGUUUGCUUUGUUUGUCACCAAUAGAAGAGUGGGAAAACAGAUAUCUGGUAAAGGAUAUGGUGAGUAUAAAGUCGCUGAUUUCUCUCACUGGUUGCAAUAUUAUGUUGUGAAUGAAGAGAAUUGGGAUGAAUUCAAAAGCUGUUUGAUGGAUGCUCAUGUUUGCCAGAAUCUCGCCUUCAAUGGUGGUCGGAAUAACGACUCUCUCAUCUUCAAACACUUGUCCACAACCCAGACCGGGUGCUGUAAGCCACCGGUGUCUUGUGGGUUUACGAUGAAGAAUGCUACGUUUUGGGAAGUGCCGAAGUCGGGUUUGGCUGCGAAUAACUCUGAUUGUGCCAUAUGGAAUAAUAGACAAGACAAACUGUGUUAUGAUUGCAAUGCAUGCAAAGGAGGAGUGUUGGCUAAUAUAAGGAACCAAUGGAGACAUUUAACUGUGUUCAAUGCUGUUGUGCUUGUACUUGUUACUGUCAUUUAUGCGAUGGGAUGCUAUGUCAUCAGGAACAACAGAAUGGAUUCGCGCAUCCAACAUCCUUAA